AUGCAGAAUGACACAUUCUCCUGCGGAAUUGUAACGGCGAAUACCAUCGCACACGGUGCACUCGGAGAUGAGCUAUGGGAGCCGAAGAAACGUUCGAGUGCCCAUGCAAUGUGGUUUAUUACCUUGGCAAAAGAGUACUUGAACAAUCAUCAGCUCACCAACAUGAACGAAGACGUGCCGAUGGAUGAAGAUGACUUACCAGAUAUUGUGCUCGAAAGUUCUAUCCAAGCUGAAAAGUUGCCAAAAAAGCCUGACACCCAUAUAUCUGGUCCCGCACUACAAUCUCAUGAGCCGACGGCCUCCAGUAAAGUCCUUGCUGCUGAGAGCACUGAUACAAGGGUACACAACGCCGUAGAGGCAUAUUUGUCACGAGGAAGUCUGCUGAGUUGGUUGAAGCAAGUGCCGACGGUUGGGGACAAGCGACCACUUUCAAAGGCAGACUUGGGAUCAAAAGAUAGAAGUGGAGGGAAGGUGGCAAAGAAGGCAAAGGUCGUGAAACUACAAUCGGGUCCAGCAGUGGGGAUAAGUCGAUCUGCAACAGCUUCACGUGACCUGCGUAUGGCUGCCAGGAGUGGCACCUCUGAGCCUUGUCCCAGGAAAAAGGCAACAUGGAAAACCAAGAUUCUCGAGCUUGACAAGGAUGCCAUAGCAGACGAUGAUUGCCAAACAGUCCAUCAUUCAAAUUGUGGACGCACAAUGAAGAAUAAGGAGCCCUACGAUGUUUCAAGGUUUCGUGAGCACGUCAUGAAGAAAUGUGCCCAGCAAAAACCCACCCCAACUGCAGGAAUGCCAAGCAGAAUGUGUUAUCUCUUACGAAAUUGCAAGUCCGGCUCCUGGAUUAAGCACCAUCAAGAUCUCAAUUCCUGUUCUCUAUGGCCAGGCUAUAGUCAACAUUCAGGACCCAAAGCACGGCUUGAAGACAUUCCGUAA